AUGCCUAGCGUGGAAAUCUCGGUGUCCCAGCUCAAAUCCCUUUUCGAAAAUAGUGAGACUGUGUCUAUACCAACACGGUUGGGAAACACGCUACUUGAAAUUCAAGGUGAACUUGAGUAUCCUUUGGUUCCGCCCGCUAAUGAUGUGGGCAAGAAAUUUGGCGUACAUAACAACGAAAACAUAGUUCAAUUCGGCCUUCUUCAACUCGAGGAAGGGUCUACCCAGGCCACCAUGCUUGUUGGCGAAAAACAACGGCUGUUAGGAUCCGUCGUAAAGCUCGAAACCCCACUGGGUCUCCUAAAGUUUGAACACUCAACGGGCCUUGUCAAGCUACAAGAUGUAAUACGGUAUAAGAUAACCUUCAAAGAUAGACCGCUCCCGAUAAUGUAA